AUGGCCGGCGGCAAACGACGUCGCGAUGAACAAUACGAUUAUAGCUUCGACGCCCACGACGGUGGUGCAAGCAGUAUACCCGUCCAAGCAUCCGGAAAACAAGAUACGCAUGCAGCCACGACAAAGAGACCAAAGCUGUACCCGGCAUCGCAGGCCAGGAGCGUCCGCGCCACGGGGCGGCGAGGCUCUCAAGUUGCCUCUACAAGUUCCUUUCUCUCGCCAGGCACAGACUGCCUUUCACCGCUCUCCGACGAACUGCUCAUUCGCAUUCUCGGCAACCUUGACAUGACGGAUCUCCUCUCCCUGGCUUCUGUCUCGCGUCGGUUCCACUGGCUUGCAGAUGAUUCACAACUGUGGAAAGCAAUCUACUACGAGCGAUAUGUUCUUCCACGCGCUCUGGCGAUCCCGGGAUUUCGGGCCGGCUCUUUGAUUUCUACAAAAGGAACAGCCGGUGAGACAGCCGACGCGGGUCAGCUUUUCUCGCUGUCCCAAACGCCAGGCCCUGGGUCGGGCUUUGGCCAUGGUACCAAAGACGGCCGUCAAACGCGAACACCAUCAAGCGCAGUUCGUGACCGCUUUGGAAGCUGGAAUCGAAGCGUGGCAACCAGUUGGAAGCAAAAAUUCAAACUCCGGCAUAACUGGGCAAGGGGGAAAUGUGCUGUGGAGGAACUACGUCCCGAUUACGGCGCGGCGUACGACGGCCCGUCUGCGUCACGAGAUGGAGGGGAUGGUGGCGGUGACGUUGAUGCUCCAGGCGGUGGGUUUCAUCAGAUGCUGCUCAAGGUGAUAGAUGGCAUCGCCGUGACCGCAGACCGGCAGCGUGGCUUGCGCGUGUGGGAACUGAAAUCUCGCAGCCUGGUCGCGACAAGCGACUUCUCGCAGCGAAGUAGUUCUGCGACCGCGGCAGAAACGUUCAGCAAAGCACGCAAUGGAGGCCACUCUGAAGAAUACGGUGCAGAUCAGUCGCGUGAUGAAACCAGAAGCCAUGGCAGGGACGACGUUACAUUUUUGACGCCGAGAUCCUUGGCAGUGGAUGUCGGUACCAAUGUCCUGGACAUUGCCGUCGGAUUGCUGGAUGGAGGCUUCGAUAUAUGGCAAUUUGAUCUUGCAAAGAAAGCGCUGACGCGGCGCUUUUCACAUCCUGCAUCGAGCAGCGGCCCGCUGGCGGGCAUUGCCUACUCGCACCCCUUUGUGCUCACCGCAACCGACUCCGGACUCAUCUCGCUGUAUGCAUUUGCGCCUGAGGCCAAACAAAACGCUGCACAACGGGUGGUUGGAUCGUCUAGCGUGCCCAGCGACCUGGGACUCAGCGCACCGCACCUCCUGACGUCGUUGCGGUCGCACACGUCAAGAGCCCCUCUCGCUUUGUCUAUCCGAAAACUGGCACUCGUGACGGUUGCAUCAAUUGUGUACACGUUUUCGACUCGCCAAGGAUGGUCAAUCGGUAUCCAAGAUCUACACGUGAAGACGGACGGGCUUGGAGAUGCGCCUGUGCCUCCAUCCGGGCAAAGACAGAUACAUCGGGAAAGUCCGGUUCGGCAUGAAGAUGAGGUCGAUGGCGGACCCACCACCCUCUGCUACUCGCACCCCUAUCUGCUGGCCAGCAUGCCUGACAACACACUGAUUCUCCAUCUCUGCACGUCAAAUGCUUCGACGCUGACCAUAUCGGCUGGCAUUCGGCUAUGGGGCCACACGUCCGGGAUCAGUGAUGCCGAAAUAACGGCGCGCGGGAAGGCUGUCUCGGUGAGCUUGCGGGGUGAGGAGAUGCGUGUCUGGGAGCUUGAAGGGCGGCCCGCUGCCGAACGCGGCCGCAGCGUGGCCAUACGGCCACAUCUACGCGACGUGGCGUCGAGUCGUUGGAGCAGUGAUGACGACGGUAGAGAGUCAUCGACGCGCGACUGGGACGAACGCCGUAAUUGGGUUGGGUUUGAUGAUGAGAUGGUCAUCGUACUGAAGCAGUCGCGCGGUGGCAGAGAAACGCUAUUGAUGUACGAUUUUACGUGA